AUGAUUGAUUCAAAUAUCUCCGAACUUAUCCAUCAAAAGUACGAAAAUGCCAUUGCUAAUGGUUCUUUGAAAUUAACCAAAUCUAGCUCCAAAAAAUUGAAGGAUUCAUUAACUGGCAUGCCAUAUUUGGUCCAUUUUGCUCCAGUCCUAGCUGAAAAACCAAAAUCCAAUGGCGAACAGAGUGACAACAAAGAAGAUCCAUUUGAAAAUCCAGACGAAGAUCUAUUGAUUACCCCAGAUCUAAAUGGUGAUGGUGCUUACAAAUUGCUUCUAAACAAAUACCCCAUAGUCCCAGAACAUACCCUUUUGGUAACCAACAAUUAUCAACACCAAUCCUCUGCAUUGACUCCACAGGAUUUAAUGAUUGCUUACAAAUAUCUUUGUAAGAUGGACGAUGAAGAUGAAAAUAUCAGACACUUGGUGUUUUACAACUCUGGUCCACAAUCUGGUUCAUCUCAAAAUCAUAAACAUUUACAAUCUUUUAGGAUUCCUUCAAAUUUCAAAAUGUUCCAAGACAAAUUGUGUAGUGGUAAAGAACAUUUCCUACCAAACAUUAAGGAUGAACCAUUGCAAGAUGAUAAAGUAGCAUUUGCCCAUUUUGUCUUACCACUACCAGAGGACUGUAACUCUGUUGAUGAGGAUCUCUUGGCUAUGUGCUAUUUUUCAUUAUUGCAGAGAACUUUGACAUUCUUCCAAGACUGGUUGAAUGAAACACCAAACAUGGUUAGAAGUUAUAACGUUUUGUUAACCAAGAAUUGGAUAUGUUUGGUUCCAAGAUCCCACGCCAAGACCACGGACGUCAAACAUGAACCAAAGGCAAAAGAUAAUGACAAUGACGAUAAAAAAACUAAUGAUAACAAUGAUGAUGAUAAUGACGACGAUGAUGAUUCAAUGAAUGUUGACCUUUCCAUUAACGCCACUGGAUAUGCUGGUAUGGUGUUAGUUAAAGACCAAGAAUCCUAUGACAAAAUCUUAGCUAACCCAGAUUUAAUUGACAAAUCUUUAUUUGAAUGUGGUUUCCCAAACACCUCCGGUAAGAGACCAACCGAAUACCACUAUUAA